AUCCCGUAGAAUUCGAAUUCAAAUAGAAAACCUAAUCGAAAAUAUAUGAGUAACUCGAAACAUCCAGCAAAAAGCCAAUAAAUUAAAAACAUUUGAAGGUAUUGCACACUCGAAUAUAAGAAAAAGCGCUGGAGGCUGCAGCACAGGUUAUUAGAGGCGAGAUCUUGGCGAGCAUCUCAUUCGAUUUUGUGUUGGGCAAUUGGGUCUAUCCAGCGUACUACCCCUGGAAUCCUCCGAUGGUUUCCGUUGAUAAUUAUGGAAAUUGUCAGGCCUUCGAUAGACCUCUAGUUGGUAGAUGCGUCCGAUACGAGGACUGUGUCAGUGCUAUUCAAUCUGCCCACCAGGUGACACCUCUACUAUGUCCAUCAGCGUCGCCCGAGAAUAUUGUAUGCUGCCCCCAUGGCGGAUACGUAACGCAGCCGCCCAGGCUUUCAAUGAGCGAGAACGCCUGUAAAAAUGCCUAUCCCAGAGGCCAUCAAAAGCGGCGACGACGUCGCCGGGUUACUGACGCUCAUAAGACUCAAGUGGAGGUACUUGAGCCAAUAAUCCAGAAACGUAAUCAUAGUAAUUUGAAUGUUGUGGGUGGUAGAAUCACCCUUCAUAAUGAGCAUCCGUACAUGUGUGCACUCGGAUGGCCAUCUCGUAGGCAUAAAUGGAUACGCGGCCAGCACGGUUCUGCUGUUCGAAGAUAUGUUUUUAACUGUGGUUGCGUAUUAAUUGCCCCAAAGUUUGCUUUAACGGCCGCCCACUGUGCCAACAUUGGCGGGGAAUCCCCGACAGUUGCGUUGAUUGGUGGCGUUGACUUGAACGCUUCCAAUGGCCAGCUGAUUGAAAUCCAGCAUAUAAUCAAGCACCCCAACUUCGAUCCGGACGCCCUCUCCAAUGACUUGGCAAUUGUAAAUCUAAGGAGGAGCUCCCACAAGUCAGUGGCAUGUUUGUGGAACCAUGAAUCUGUUCCAGAGAGACCACUGACUGCUCUAGGCUACGGACAAACAAAAUUUGCCGGACCUCAUUCCAACGAACUUCUUCAGGUGCUUCUCUAUCCCCUGGAUAAUAGCCGUUGUCCGAAUUUCGUACACCAGGGUGAUAAGCUAACAAAUGGACUAGCACCGGGCCAACUAUGUGCUGGCGAUUACUCCGGGAACAUGGAUACUUGUCAGGGAGAUUCUGGUGGUCCUUUGUUACUCUACGAGCAUAUGCGACAUCAACACCAGAGGAUUCCCUAUCUGGUAGGAAUUACAUCCUUCGGAGGAGCUUGUGCCUCGGGGGAGCCCGGAAUUUACGUACGAAUAGUGCAUUACAUUCAAUGGAUAGAACAACAAGUGUGGGCAUAGGCACUUUCAUUUAUAUUUUAUUAGCCUAACAAUUCAAUUAUAUGUACUACUAAAAAUAUUAAAACAUUUUAAAUAAAUAUAUAUAUAUUUUUACGACAAAA